GAAGUGCCAGAGUCUGCGCAAAACGAACACGUCUAGUGGUCGCGCUGCUUGUGCUGUCACGAGCCUUGUUCAAGGCUACCGAGUAGCGAAUUGACAUAAAUUAUUGACGACAUCGAAUUGUCUUCGUUUAGCCAUCAGACACACGUCAUUAUUGGAAUAGAUACAUCGUGGAAAUACGAUUGUGUGCUGACUGAUCACGGUCAACUGGUGAUGUUUUCCAACAUUUGAUAUAGCUAGCUAGCCAGCUAACGUUAGCUGUUUAGCUAGCUUGCCGUGCGUGACUCACUGACAGCCAAAGAUCAGACCGAGUCGCUAUUUUUUGGCAUUCUGCUUUUGAUCUGAUACCUGUAUAUAUAACUUUAAUAUAUUUAGCGGGUAAAUAUAGUUAGUUACAACUGAGUGUACUUUAACGGUCAUCUGGUCGUGAACGAAGGGAAGGUUUGAAUGAAUUUGCUAGCCAGCGGAAACGUCGGCUAGUUAACACGGAUACACUUGGAGUAACCAAUACUGCUAACUUGCUGAGUUGAUCCACGGCAUUGCCAUCCAAACUAGCUAAUCUACAUAGCUAGCAAAUGUGCUAGCAAGCUAUUAUAAACGUGCUAUCUUUGGUAAAACGCCAAGGGAAAGAAACUGUUAAAUUUGGUUAGCUGGCUAACUAGCUAGGAAACAAGGUAACAUACACUGUACUGUAACACCUUAACGCCAGCUGACGUUUGAUAGCUGACCGUCGACAAUUCAUUUUCUACGAGAAAGGCCGGAGUGAGGACAGAGAAACGAGUAAAAAUGCCGGCUGUGUCGAAGGGAGAUGGGAUGCGCGGAUUAGCGGUGUUCAUUUCGGACAUACGGAAUUGUAAGAGCAAGGAGGCGGAGAUCAAGCGGAUCAAUAAGGAGCUGGCCAACAUCCGCUCCAAGUUCAAGGGGGACAAGGCACUGGAUGGCUAUAGUAAGAAGAAGUAUGUCUGCAAGCUGCUCUUCAUAUUUCUGCUGGGACAUGACAUUGACUUUGGACACAUGGAGGCUGUCAACCUGCUCAGCUCCAACAAGUAUACAGAGAAACAGAUCGGCUACCUGUUCAUCUCGGUGCUGGUGAACAGCAACAGUGAGCUGAUCCGCCUCAUCAACAACGCCAUCAAGAACGACCUGUCUAGCCGCAACCCCACCUUCAUGUGCCUGGCCCUGCACUGCAUCGCCAACGUGGGUAGCCGUGAGAUGGCCGAGGCCUUUGCUGGAGAGAUCCCACGCAUUCUGGUGGCCGGGGACACCAUGGACAGUGUGAAGCAGUCUGCUGCCUUGUGUCUUCUGCGUCUGUACAAGGCCUCCCCAGACCUGGUUCUGAUGGGGGAGUGGACCUCCCGGGUGGUGCACCUCCUCAACGACCAGCACAUGGGUGUUGUCACGGCAGCCAUCUCCCUCAUCACCUGUCUCAGCUCGAAGAACCCAGAUGAGUUCAAAACCUGUGUGUCCCUGGCUGUUUCUCGUCUGAGCAGGAUUGUGUCAUCAGCCUCCACUGAUCUGCAGGACUACACCUACUACUUUGUCCCGGCCCCGUGGCUGUCCUGUAAACUGCUUCGCCUGCUGCAGUGCUACCCCCCGCCAGAGGAUGGCGCUGUGAAGGGCCGCUUGGUGGAGUGUCUGGAGACCAUUCUGAACAAGGCCCAGGAACCACCCAAGUCCAAAAAGGUUCAGCACUCCAACGCCAAGAACGCCAUCCUGUUCGAGGCCAUCUCACUCAUCAUCCACUACGACAGUGAGCCCAACCUGCUGGUGCGUGCCUGUAACCAGCUGGGUCAGUUCCUGCAGCACAGAGAGACCAACCUGCGCUACCUGGCUCUGGAGAGCAUGUGUACCCUGGCCAGCUCUGAGUUCUCCCAUGAGGCCGUCAAGACCCACAUCGAGACCGUCAUCAACGCACUCAAGACUGAAAGGGAUGUGAGUGUUCGCCAGAGGGCUGCUGACCUGCUCUACGCCAUGUGUGACCGUAGCAACGCCAAGCAGAUCGUUGCCGAGAUGCUCAGCUACCUGGAGACAGCCGACUACUCCAUCAGAGAGGAGAUGGUGUUGAAGGUGGCCAUCCUGGCAGAGAAGUAUGCGGUGGACUACUCAUGGUAUGUUGACACCAUCCUUAACCUCAUCCGCAUUGCCGGGGACUACGUCAGUGAGGAGGUGUGGUACCGCGUCAUCCAGAUUGUCAUCAACCGCGACGAUGUGCAGGGCUACGCCGCCAAGACCGUCUUCGAGGCUCUACAGGCCCCAGCCUGUCAUGAGAACAUGGUGAAGGUGGGGGGGUACAUCCUGGGAGAGUUUGGAAACCUCAUUGCCGGGGACCCCCGCUCCAGCCCUCUGGUCCAGUUCAACCUGCUCCACUCUAAGUUCCACCUGUGUUCGGUGCCCACGCGCGCCCUGCUGCUCUCUGCUUACAUCAAGUUCAUCAACCUGUUCCCAGAGACCAAGGCCACCAUCCAGGAGGUGCUUCGCUCCGACAGCCAGAUCAGGAACUCUGACGUGGAGCUGCAGCAGAGGGCCGUGGAGUACCUCAAGCUCUCCUCCAUCGCCAGCACCGACGUCCUGGCUACUGUGCUGGAGGAGAUGCCUCCCUUCCCAGAGAGGGAGUCAUCCAUCUUGGCCAAGCUGAAGAAGAAGAAGGGUCCGGGUGCCGUGUCGGUAGAGCUGGAGGACGGCAAGGAGAGAGGAGAGCUCAACGGUGGAGGGGACAGGGGGGGUGAAGCUGCCAUCGCAGCCUCUAACGCUUCCACCCCAUCCCCUUCAGCGGAUCUGCUUGGCCUUCGUUCGGCCGCUCCCGUUAGUGGGGCCGCUCCCAGUGCAGGCAGCCUAUUGGUUGAUGUGUUUUCAGAGGCAGGGCCUGCAGCCUCCUCUGCCGGCGUGAACGACGACGGCUUCCUGAGCUCUGCUCCCCCUUCUGCGGCCUCUGAGGAUCCUGCCCCUCCUCUGCCCGAGUCAGAUGAGCUUCUCAACAAAUUUGUGUGUAAGAACAACGGUGUGUUGUUUGAGAACCAGCUGCUUCAGAUCGGCAUCAAGUCUGAGUACCGCCAGAACCUGGGGAGGAUGUAUCUGUUCUAUGGCAAUAAGACCUCGGUGCAGUUUGUCAGCUUUAGCACCACAGUCAGCUGCCCAGGGGAGCUGCAGUCUCAGCUCAACGUGCAGACCAAAACAGUGGAACCCCUAGUGGAGGGAGGAGCACAGGUGCAGCAGGUCAUCAACAUCGAGUGUCUGACUGACUUUAUUGAUGCGCCGCUGCUCAACAUCAAGUUCAGGUAUGGGGGAGCCCUGCAGAACAUCUCUCUCAAGCUGCCUGUCACCAUCAACAAGUUCUUCCAACCCACAGAGAUGGCCGCCGCAGACUUCUUCCAGCGCUGGAAACAACUCAGCCAGCCCCAGCAAGAAGCACAAAAGAUCUUCAAGGCCAGCCAUGGCAUGGACACAGAAGUGCUCAAGGCCAAGUUGCUGGGCCUGGGGACAGCCCUGUUGGAGAAUGUGGAUCCUAACCCAGAGAACUAUGUGUGUGCCGGAGUCAUCCAGACCAAGGCCCAACAGGUCGGCUGCCUGCUGAGACUGGAACCCAAUGCGCAGGCCCAGAUGUACCGGCUGACUCUGCGCAGCAGCAAGGACACUGUCUCCCAGCGCGUCUGUGACCUCCUGGCAGAACAGUUCUAAAACCCUGAGUCUAGAACCCACCCAACGCGACCCAGGCCAUCAUCAUCAUCAUCACGCUCUAGACACCCAACACACCGAGACUAGCGUUUCAAUUCCCCUCACCCCACCCACUUCAUCCCCCCCCACUCCCUGAUCCUGAGGUUGCCAAGAACAAAGAAUCAACGAGAAGGAAAAAUACCUACAUAAGGGAAAAAAAGCAGCCGUUGCCACUUACACGACUGCCCUAUCAUUGACAGUUAUUACUAUUGUCACGAUUAUAAUUCCGAUUCUUAUUAUUACUGUUUAUUAUCAUCGGCGCUGCAAUUCUUGUUUUUUUUCUGUGUUUACCUGUGAACGUAAGUGUAUGACUGUGUGUGUUUCAGAAUCGUGCUGGUGUGUGUGUCCUGUUUUUCUCCGUCCUGUCUAUUUAAGCAUGGACUUGUGGACUUGUGAUGACAGCUGGUGUGUGUCCGUGCGUGUGUGAUGCAUGGGGGAGGGUGGGGAAUUCUGUGCAUCGAUUCCGCGACAUUUCAACCUUAGACUAUUCCUGGGAGUUGCAUGGGAGGACCAGUUCUACAUACACAUACACACAUUUAUGUUUAAUACACACCCAGAUACUCUCACAUGUAGGCACAUACAUGCGUAUAUUUGUACAUGCUUAAGUGUCUGUGUAAAGUAUCUGAAUAGGGUCCUCCUUUAGUGGGAGGGAGGGGUAAAAUUAAAUCACUAAAGAAAUGGGACUCUUCUGUGUAAAGGUCCAAAACAACACUCUAAACCCCCACCUUCACCCCAACCCCAUCUCUUCUCCACCCUCUGCUGUCCCAGACCCCCACCGGUUAUACAUCCCAAGGGCCUCAGUAUAAUCCCUGAGAUAUAAUAUUCCAUAAAAGAAUUCCGGCACAUUCCCAAGUCUACAGUUCCCGCUUUAUUCCAGUGGAAAUGGCCAGUGCACUUUAGGUGGUUCCAAGAGACCUCAGUCCAUCAAUACCCCACAAACGCAUAAACACACCACCCCCUCACACUUACCCCAUCUUUCUGGCUUGUAACCAUACUUUAUAUAUAAACUCAAAUGAUUCUGUACCUGUUCGUGGAAUAUAUAUAUAUAUAUAUAUAUAUAUAAAAGUGUAAUGAAUUACCCCUUUUUAUCUUUUUUUUUUAUUGUCUCAUCUUUCCUUUUAUUAGUAGUGGAGUUAUUGAAGUUUUUGUAUGUUUCUUUAAUGGUGUAAUGUUGUGUUGCUUCUGUUGUGUGUGUGUAUGUGAAAGGUAGUGUGAGAAAGUAGGGCCAGCAGUGUGUACCCUGCGAAUAGGGUAGAGGGGUCAGCUAAAAGGAGAGCGAGAUAGAAGGAGAGUAGCAGGGUAGCUGGUCUUGUUUACAAUGUUAAUCAGACAGCGAUGAGGUUGAUACUUGACUUAAACCUGUCAUAAAUCCUACUUACCACCACCGUAAGUAUGACAACAGAUAAGGUGUCGUGAAAACUGUUUAUUUCAGAUUAGCAAUGUUUUUUGACACUUGAGGCAGGGAACAUUGGUUGAGAGCUGACAUGGGGUGUUUUACGAUGGCUUAUGAAAUGUUUAUGUCGUGCAUAAGUAAGCAUUGAGCAAGCUUCAUUGAUGGGGAGUUCAGGUGGUAGUUGGAAGGAGUUAGAGGGCAGUGGGCCAGUCCGUGUUCACAUGAAGAGUGAAGAGGCAGAGCAGAGGCCUAGUAUUCGUUAUUUUAUUUUUUCCCGUGUUGAAAAGAGGGAUGGGAUUGGAGAGUAGAGUGCUGCUUGAUACCGGGAUUGACUGAAAAAAGAGGAGUACCUCAGAACUUGAUCUCUAAACACUCACAGGCUUGUGCACACACACACACAUCACAAAUACUUACCUUAUGGUAUUACUUAGGAGAAGAUUGAUUGUAAUCUUUGAAAACACAACCAACCACAAAGACACUGGAUAGCACUUAUCUGUAAACUCACAUUUCAGACACGCACCCACAUGUCCAUUCUUAGAGAUGAGAGGGAGGAGGAGAGAACUCAAAAGACCAACUGUCAAUCACAACUACUGGGAUCGAGUCAUCAGGGGUGGGCAACGCGUGUGUGUGUGUGUGUGUGUGUGUGUGUUUGAGUGUGUGUCGGUGUACCACGUGAUAAAAAUAUCCUAAAUUAUCUUUAUGAGACAUGGUCAUAUUAGUUUCAGCAGGAGUCACUUAUACGUCUAACCCAUGCAGCAUUGGUGGAACAGUCUGAUCAUUGUAGUGGCAACUGUAGAAUCAUUGUGUGUGUGUGUGUGUGUGUGUGCACGUCUAUGCAGUAUCCGCUAGCUAAUGCAGCCCCGUGUAUCGGUGUUAAACCUGUGAGAUACCUGUGUUAGAUUUAAGAUUUACUCUGUACUGAAUAAUGUGAAAGUAAAACUAUGCCAUAUACUCUA